GAGGAGUAAGCGAGUCCUCCAUAUCUCGCCGAGAUAUCGUCCGGGUUCCGUGCUUCCACUCUACUGCGGACAAGGCUCUGAGCUUACACUUCAUAACAAACCUGUCGAUGUUUUUUUGACAGUCACCUCUACCAUUGACUCUUACACUCCAGACAAUGACAUCCAUCUGAUAUGCAAGACCACCUGCAAGACAAUCAAGGCCAACACACUAAGGCUGACGUCAAACUGCUAUGUAGCCCGGUGAUAUCAAAUGGCGGUGUUGAGAUAUUGCUCCACUCUCAAACCUCUGGAAAUCCAAACUAGAGAAUUGGCUACACGUAGGGAUACAACAUGAUCCGAUGAGCCGCACUCCCUCAAGCUCUGGUCAUCCAGGAGUCCGCUCUAAAAACCGCCACCUCAUUUAGUUGAAGUGGCAGUCAUCCUCAUCAUGCAGGGGAAGUACAUGCAUAUCCCUCCCGCGUCACAUCGUCUAUAUGCUGGAGAGUUGGUGUACCGAAUUCCAGCUGCAUCAGUGCUGACGGGCAAGCUGAUGAAAAUGCUAUAAGUAUCUUGGUUUUCAGUGGCAGCUUCUCCUCCAUGAAAGGUCCAAUCCACAACUCUCUUUUGAUAUCAAACCACAUUCAUCAGUGAUUAGCAACCCAACAAACUCUGUCAAUAUGCUGUUUUCCUCAGCCGUGAUCAAGUAUGCCGCCCUUCUUAUUACCACCGGUGCCGUUGCACUGCCGGCGACCAUCCCGGGGUUUGAGGCUGGGGUCCGCACUAUUUGCUUCGAUGAAACUCCCAACAUGCAUUGCUACUCAGGAGAGAACGACAUCCCCCAGGAUGUCGACCCAAAGGAUGUCAGCUUCAUAGCAAGCUAUCUUCGCGCCUAUGGUCGACAGACUAGAAUUGGUAGAUUGUUCACCAUGAAGGCGGCCGAUGCGCCUGACUGUGGAGAAUGGAUUCUGUAUGCGCGUGGCACAGCAGCAGCUUACGCCAAAAAGACCAACCUGACAUACGACUCCUCGGUCCUCUUUUCCGAUAUUGCAGACACCAUCGAUGGUGGUAAGAAGCCGGAGGCUGACAGCAUCCUCAAGUGUCAAGCGGAUGGCGGUUCCUUUAGUACGCAGAUUGCAGAUGUAGCUGCUCCGGCCUACAUGACUCAGGAAUAUAUUGAUGCAGGCUUCAAGCCUGACGGUAUUCUCAUAAAGAUCGUAUCGAACAGACAGGUUUAGCUUGCGAAAGCAAACAUUAACGGGAUUUCCCUUAUGGAUGUAUGGCAUUGACAACAAGAUUCAGGUUCCUUCGAUGAGUGGUUUUAUUGAAGUUAUUACUCUAGAGACCGAAGCCAUAAUAUUAUUUCAUUUUCGCUCCAUAGAGGGGUGGAAAUAUCUGAUAAGAUUUAGUUAAAAUUGUGCCUGUUCAGUAAUAUAACUGCGAUGAGAAAGGCUUCAAUAAUACGUCACUUGCAGUGGAAAGCUGAAGAAACUAGUAAUGAUGAUAUAACGAGAUUGCUAACUAGCUCCAGAGCUUCGCUCUGCUUAUCGUUGCAGUGUCCUAAUGCACUGUACCCUCUAUUAUGGUGGUCAGAGAGGAUACCCCAGUUAACGUAAUUAAGGGGGUGGUUACUAUGGGUAGGCUACCAUUCAUAAAUAAAUUUCACGGUAUAGAUUUAUUAGUAGUAUAUUUUAUAUAUCAAAAGUAC